GCAACUUGUCAAGUCAAGGAUGACUCCCGAUUCCGAAGUGCCGAAUGAUUUUUAGAGAAUUUUAUUCAAAAAUUAAAGUGAAAAUUUAUUAUUAUAUCAAAUAUGUAUAAAAAUUUUUCAAGAAUAUGCUCAGUUUAUUGUGCAGAUAGACUUCAACCCUGUUUUAAGCCUUUUGUUACUACUCUUUUAAGUUCACGAAACGAAAAAUUAGGGAAUGUAGGUUAUGUUUUCAAACGAACCAAAAAACAUGAUAAGGGUAAUCCCUCAACACUAUUCGUUCCUGUGCCAGUGAAACCAAAUCCAGAUGACAUCAAUAUUGGCGAAGAAAUUACGGGACGACUAAAGAAACAAGACUUAUUAAAAAUAUUGAACAAAUUUUAUCAGAAACCCGAAGUGAGAUUGUUGGCGUCUGAAAACGGCUUAGAUGAUCAAUUAUUGCAUCAAGCAUUCCUAUCAUUUAGAAGACAUUGUCUAGAACAUGAUUUACCUCCUGAUUUACAUAUAAUAAUUAGUGAUAUCCUUGUAGGGGCUGGACACAUAGAUGAUCUGUUCCCUUAUUUUUUGAGACAUGCCAGACUAGCUUUCCCUCACCUUGAUUGCUUAGAUGACUUAAAGAAAAUAUCAGAUUUAAGAACCCCUUCUAAUUGGUAUCCACAGGCCAGAAAUAUGGAUAGGAAAAUAAUAUUUCAUGCUGGUCCAACAAACUCGGGAAAGACAUACCAUGCAAUGGAGAGAUAUCUCGAAGCAAAGUCUGGUGUUUAUUGUGGACCUCUAAAACUAUUAGCUACAGAAAUUUAUCACAAAUCAAAUAAUAGGGGUACAGCCUGUGAUUUAAUAACAGGGGAAGAAAGGAGGCAUGCUUCUCAAUAUAAUACUUUGAUUGACAGUGAAGAGGAUAAAGACUUACCAGACGACCAGUUAUUUUCUAUCGAGGAGCCGGAACUUGCUCCAUCAAAACAUACAGCUUGCACUGUGGAAAUGACAUCAUUGAAUGAAACAUAUGAAGUAGCCAUUAUAGAUGAAAUACAAAUGAUUGGUGACAGAGGGAGAGGUUGGGCAUGGACAAGAGCUAUUUUAGGCUUACAAGCUGAAGAAUUACAUCUAUGUGGAGAAGCAGGUGCAAUAAAUUUAAUAGAACAAAUUUGUAACACAACGGGGGAAGAACUUGAGGUACGUACAUACAAAAGGCUAACAGAAUUGAAAGUUGAAGACUCAGCAUUGGGAUCGUUAGACAAUGUGCAGGCCGGUGAUUGUAUUGUGUGUUUCAAUAAGAAUGACAUUUACAGUGUAAGUCGUGCAAUAGAACAGAGAGGUCAUGAAGUGGCAGUAAUAUAUGGGAGUUUACCACCUGGCACAAAAUUGGCACAAGCCAAUAAGUUCAAUGAUCCGGAGAGUGCCUGUAAAGUAAUGGUUGCUACCGAUGCUAUUGGUCUCGGAAUUAAUUUGAGCAUAAGAAGAAUCAUUUUCUAUUCGCUUGUUAAGCCGGUGGUGAAUGAGAAGGGCGAUAAGGAAAUGGAUGUUAUCAGUAUAUCACAGGCUCUGCAAAUAGCAGGUCGCGCGGGUAGGUACGGCAGCGCGUGGGAGACUGGGUACGUGACCACGUUCAGGCCCGAAGACCUGCCCACCCUCAAGACCUUGCUGUCCAACUGCCCGGAGCCCGUGGUGCAGGCAGGCUUGCACCCCACCGCCGAACAGAUGGAGCUGUAUGCCUAUCAUCUACCUCAUGCGACCCUCAGUAGUCUUAUGGAUAUAUUCGUCCACUUAUGUACGGUGGACGACUCUCUGUACUUCAUGUGCAACACGGAGGCGUUCAAGUUCCUGGCCGAGAUGAUCCAACACGUGCCUCUUCCGCUGCGGGCGCGGUACGUGUUCUGCUGCGCUCCCAUCAAUAAUAAGCUGCCGUUCGUGUGUGCCACGUUCCUAAAGAUGGUGAGACAGUACAGCAGGAACGAGCCGCUAACCAGGAGCUGGAUGUGCAACGUCGUGGACUGGCCUCUACCGGCGCCCAAGACUAUAACGGACUUGGUGCAUCUGGAGGCUGUCUUCGAUGUCCUCGAGUUAUACUUGUGGCUCAGCUAUAGAUUUCCCGACAUGUUCCCUGAUGUGAGGACAGUUCGUGAGAUGGAAGUUGAGCUGGAUGCUAUUAUACAACAAGGGAUCUUCCAAAUUACAAGAUUGUUGAGGAAUUCUGAGCAAAUUAUACGGGAGGGAUCUCCUGUAGACAAUAUGAGAGGCAAGCGGAGUGGAAAACUGUCUCAACAUUCUGCAGGCGAGGAGAAAGGCAAGCUGUCAGAGAUGCUCGUGGCUAAGGGUCUGAUCACACCGCAAAUGUUAAAGAAGUUACAACAAGAGCUAUCUACUGACAAACCAGAGAGAGCUAGUAGGAGUAAAGUUACCAGAAAUAGAAGAAAAUGAAAAUGUAUUUGUAUAGUCUAGUGUUGUGAAUGUUUAGAAUGAAUGUGUUGUAAUAAAGUGUAUUUUUAA